AUGUUAUGGGCAUCGGUAGCCUCAUGGUUUUUUCGACCAGAAUACAGUUCAUUUGGACCUCCACCGCAUCCCAUACCGCCUACAACACCAUUAGGGUCUUCUCUUCCUCCCUCAUCAUCAUGUCCUACAACUUCUAUACCACCAGGUGGAAGUGUAUCGUUUGCAACAUCAGCAACAACGGUAUUAACUAAUUCAUCAAAAUCAAAUUCUUUACAUGUUCAUGAAGACCAUGAUCGUCGACAAACGUUGUCAACAAAACUUCGGUCAUCAUCUGGUUCCAAUAAAUCAGAACCAGUGCGGGCUAUGACAGCACCUACAAUUUGUACUGCGAUUCGAUGUACAGUACCAAAUUGUAGUUGCAACUGCUUUGUUCCUGGUAAACGUCAUCUACGCUAUUGUGAUACGUGUAAACAUGGCUGGGUACCUCACGCACUGGACAAGUUGGGAUCGCGUCACCUGUUCAAUCGAGCCAACAGUCAACCGGAGCCCGUUCAACCGAACGUUGCUUUUGAUAUUGCUAGUUUAGUGUUAUAUGGAUGUCAAGCGCUCCCUAUACGAUUGAAGAUCCUGUUGGAUCGUCUUUUCUCUGUCUUACAUACAGAUCAAGUGACACAAGUGCUACACGGUUUUGGAUGGACCCACGACGAUUACGCUAGAGGUUAUAUUCUUCAGGAGGCACAAAGCGGCGCCCUGGAUCGAUGGAGUAUUUGCAGUCCUGAAGAAGAACCUUUAGUUCUUCAACAGUUUUUACGUUUCGGCGAGACGAGAGCGAUAACACAGCAGCUGCUGCUAGCGCAGCAAGCUGCUUUAGCUCAAGAGCAGCAAAGACAUCACCAAAGUGGAUUGCAAGGAGGUUUGGGUGCAUUACCCUUACCUCCCACCUCAUUACAUGGUCUAUCCUUAUCAUCGGUAUCAUCAUUACAACGAACGAUAUCUGAUCGAUUAGACGAGACAAGAAAACGUGAAAAAUCAUUACCGAAAUCAUCUUCAACGCAUAUAUCACGUUCAACCGCAUCUUCUAUACAGACUAUGUCACCAAGUAGACGGCCAUCACCGCCUACAGCAUUGACUGCACAUCAUUUACAACUUGGUUUACAUCAUCAUUCGUCACGAAUACCCUCCUCACAUCAUCCUCCCCCAAUGUCGCCACAUCAGAAACAUCAUUCAUCACCACUUAAUUUUAUGAAAUUACCAUCAACAAAUAACAAUGGACCAGUUUCGACAACAUCACCGCCGAGUAGUAUUAGCAGUAGUCCAAUUAGUGUCUCACCAUUAAAUCGAUUACAAAGUAUGCAACCUUUUGAUUUUCGUAAACUUGGAGCUGGUCUCGCAAGUUUCCCAACAUCUGCGGCAAUGGGUCCCGACCUAACACAUCAUCACCAAUCAUCACAUCAUCAACAUCAUCAUCAUCGGCGAAGGAAUGCCGAUACAAAUUCAACACCUGAUAACAAUAAUUCAUCAGGGUUAAAUUUAAGUAUGGCAAAUCAUAUGCCCUUCAAUUUACCACCCCCACCACCACCUGUAUCAGCAGCAAUGUCAAUAGCAAAUAGUUUAAGUCAUUCAGCUGCUGCAAUGGCAGCUGCAGCUGCUGUUUCUGGUAAUCCAUUAGCGGCAGCCAGUCUUGUUGCAUCAUCAUUUCCUGGAUUUUUACCAUCAACAGGUGGUAAAAAAUCACCAUCCACCGCUGAAUUUCUAAGUGGAGGUGGUAGUAGUGAAUUUGGUUCUGAGGAUGACGACGAAGAAAAUUCACAAAGUGCGUUGAAUUUAAGUAAAGAUGCUAUGAAAUCACCAAAACAACAAUCACAAGGGCAACAUCAUCGAUCUGGAAACCCUACCGGGCAUACACGAAAAACCACAACACCCACAAAACGACAUUGGGGUUCAGCUGGACUACCGUUAAAUUUGGGUACACAAUUUAUAAAUCCAGCCACGGGAAAGAAACGUGUCCAAUGUAAUGUUUGCCUUAAAACAUUUUGUGAUAAAGGUGCGCUAAAAAUACAUUUCUCAGCAGUGCAUUUACGUGAAAUGCAUAAAUGCACAGUGGAAGGUUGUAAUAUGAUGUUUAGCUCACGACGGUCACGUAAUCGACAUAGUGCAAAUCCAAAUCCAAAAUUACAUUCACCACAUUUACGACGAAAAAUAUCACCACAUGAUGGUAGAAGUGCACAAUCUCAUCCCAUUUUAAUACCACCUCAAUCGGGAUUAUUACCAGCGGGAGCUGCACUAAAUCCAUUAAAUCCAUUUAGUCCAUUCCCGUUAAUAACUCCUCCACCAGAUAUGCGACAUCAUUCGUCCGCAUUGGCUGCAAUGGAUUUCAAACAUAGAUUAGACUUAAACGCACAGCAAAGAUAUGAAGAAGCGCGAAAAGAGCAUAAUAGUACGUCAGCAUCUGAUGAAGGAGCUGUUGCUAUGACUUCCACGAGUAGUAACCAAGGUGACGAUGACUUUGAUGACGAAGAUGGUAUUGUUGUCGUAGGAGGUGAUGAUGACGAUGAACCAGAACAAGAACCAGAUCCUGAACCUGAACCUGAACGAAAACCUGAACCCGAACCUGAAAUUUGUAAAGAUAUUAAACCAGAAACAAAUGGGAAUGUAUCCGAUCAACCAGAAGAUUUUAGUAUGCCGUCAAAAAAAAUUAAGAUGUCAGUAUCGGAUGCCGAAGAGGAAAUUGUAAGCAAUGUCGAUAGUAAUGAGGAUUCGUUAAGUGUUGUCGAUACACAUAGUUUAAGAGAUGAUACCUCAGUGUUUGUAAGUAAACGGAAGCGUAAAAGUCAGAAUCCAACAAGGUGUACAGUUCCUAUUGUAACCGAAGAAAGUGGUUUAACCGAUGGUGAAUCCUCAAACGAUCGUAUUAUAUACCAAGAACCCAUACAGCCAGAACAACAAGAACCAGAAGAAUUAACUGUUAAAAAACCUAUUAAACAAGAGCCUGAACCAGAACCUCAAGCAUUAUUACCAGUUCGAAAAACAGAACCGAUUGAACAACCAGAUGAACCAAUGGAUGUAUCAAUGCCAGGAAAAAAUAUUCAAAUUAAAGUCGAACAAAAUGAUGAUGAACCAGUGGAACUUGAUCUAUCAUCAAGUGGUCCAUUAAGGGAAAAAAUCAAUUGCCCUGAUGUGAACGCCAAUGAAAAAUCAAAUGAUGCAAAUAUUCGAACAAGUUUAACACCAUUAUUUCCAAUUGAUAAAUUAAAAAAAGAAAAACAUUUCGAUAGCGAACCAAUCGAAGACGAAAAGAAAUCAAUUCGACCACCUAGUUCAAGUGGAAGUCAUAAAAGUGACGAAUCAAUGGAUUCAUCAAAUCCCUUACGACAUUUAGAGACUUUGUCGCAUGGACAUUUUGGUUUAAAUUUAAGUUUAUCAUCAACCCCACCACAAUUUCCACCAUUGGGGUUUAUGGUUGGUGGUGGCCCACCAAGCCCAGCACGUUCUCAUACCUCAUCAAUCGAUAGUUUAAAUGGGCCAGAAUCACCAUGUGACGAAAAUAGUGAAAAUCAAAUUUAUGGUCAUUUCGAUAAUGGAACAUUUAUUAGUACAAUGGAUGUACCAAUCGAUAAGGAUAAUCCACGAAAAUGUACCGCAUGUGGGAAAAUAUUCCAGAAUCAUUUCGGCGUAAAAACUCACUAUCAAAAUGUCCAUUUAAAGCUAAUGCAUAAAUGUAAUGUUGACGGUUGUAACGCCGCUUUUCCUUCGAAACGUAGUCGAGAUCGACAUAGUGCAAAUUUAAAUUUACAUCGAAAGUUAUUAUCGACAUCGUCUUCAUCGGAUAAACCUGGAGGUGGUGCAAGUUUAUUCUUAGAUAAAUCACCUUUUGCAACACUGGCAUCGAAUCCAACGUUACAUAGUGAAUUUUUAGCACGAUUAUACUCCGAUACACAAGGCUUGCCGUUAAAUUUGGAAGCAUUUAAAAAUAUGCAUCCGUUACCUCCACCAGCUGGUAGUUUAGCGGAACAAAUACUCAUGAAUAGUGAUCGAGUACCUCCACCUCCGUUAUUACUUCCACCAUUAGGAAGUUUAGCUGGAUUUCCUGGUUUAAAUACAUUUGCAAAUCAUUUAGGAUUUGGUCCAAAUUUAAAUGGUUUAUUAACCACCGUUAAUCGUAAAGAUCGAGGUACAACAUCCGGAUCAAAUUCACCAAUAUCAGCAUCAUCUCCUCCAACAUCCGCAUCGCCACCAGUGAAUACAAAUUUAGUGUAUUGUGUCGAAGAUGAACUACCAACCCCAGAUCGUGAUGGUUCUUUACCAUGUCGGGUCUGUCAAAAACCAAUGCGUGAUUUAUUAUCGUUAAAAGAACAUUGUGAACAAAAUCAUUUAACUGAAAUGUAUCGAUGUACUGUUUCCGGUUGUAAUAAAGUGUUUACAUCGCGUACCAAACGUAAUUUCCAUGCGGAAAAUGACGCGUUACAUUUACAUUUAAUGUCACGUCAUUCUCAACAUCAGUCUCAUCAUCAUCAUCGACGACGUGGCUCAGAAAGUGGUGGUAUAUCGUCCUCGUGACCCAGCAUUUCUCGAGGUCCUUUAUUAGUACCUCAUCAUUUUAAUAAUAAUCAU